GUAGUGUAGUACGUUAGAAUAUAAGAUUCAUCAUUAAUAAUUUUCAGAAAUAAAACAUGAAUUUAAAAAAUCUUCUUGAUUAUGGUACUAUGCAUACACAUAAAUCCUUUUUCAUGAAAGGCCAAUAUGUUUUUUUUUAAUUGAUUUAAAAAGUAAAUAAUUAUCACUCAAUCAAUGUCAGAAUUGGAGAUUGCAAGAUGUCAGCAAAAUUAAUAGUUCAUAAAUUUGAAAAUGGUCAAGAUUGUAAAUCUUUAAUGAUCACGAUUAAUGAAGGUAGCAAUAAUUUAUCUGGGACUCAAUUCAGCUCAUGGCUGGAUAGUUCAGCUUUUAGAAAGAAAGUAAAUGAGAAGUCUUCUCGUUUAGUGGUAAAAAUAGCAUCUGGAAGUGAGCUAAGUAAUUUUGAUCUAGAUUCUUGUGCCAAAUUGGUAGAUUCAGAAACAAACACAGUUAGGAAAUUAUGGGGUGAUGAUUACAACCAAAUUGAGAGGCAUUCAGUGAGUCUAAUUUAUAAUAAUGAUGCUAACAAUAUUAAUGCCACCAACAUGUCCUUAAAUGCUCUAUGUCCUCUGGAAUACAGCUUAGAAAAGGUGAAAGAAAAUAAUGCUCGAAUCAUGGAAAACAUUCACAUGCUUAAUAGAACACUGAAUUAUACUAAAAAGAAAGAAAUUUUGGAUACAAUUUAUCCAAAGCCGAUGCGAUCAUUUCCAUGUGAAACCUGUGGGAAAUGUUUUGUGUAUGAAACUGGACUAAAGAGACACUGUGCAAUGCGACAUACCACUGCAGAAGUACAGCCCCGUUGGCAAAUUGUAUGGACGUGUAUAGAGUGCUUUCAGGUGUGGCCUCAACAUGAUCUUGCAUUGAAACAUUCUAAACAAUGUUCAAAAUUAGACAGUGCUGAUUGUGUGCGUGAAAUAAAAACUUCGUCACUAUUACAAUGUGAGUUUUGUGAGAAAGUCUUUACAAGUAUUCCAAGACUACUGAAACAUACUAAGUUGCAUUCAACACAAAAUAAUUAUGAGUGCAACACAUGUGAAACCUCUUUCUUGUCAUAUAAAGAAGCUGAAGAGCACUGGCUGUUAUGCCCUUGGCUAAAAGCAUUUUACAAUUUUUCUUUGCCAAAACUUCUAUUGUGCAAUGCAUGUGAUAGAAAAUUCAGAAACUAUGAACAACUAUACAACCACAGAUAUAAAAUUGGACAUUUCAUGGCAAAGAAUAAUAGUGAUAAUUUGGGUACAUUUGUGUACCAAUGUGAGUUGUGCGGCAAAUGUUUCCCAUCUGUACAGCCUCUACAAACUCACAAAAGGCAAAGUCAUCCAUAUUUAGACAUAACAAGCUGCAAUAUUGCAGCCAACUAUAACAGCAUGUAUCUGACACAAGAAGAGCACUGUAAUGCUAUUGGAGAACAAUGACUAAUAGUGUGAAGAACAGUUGUUUUGUAAUAUACGUAAUAUGAAUAAAGAUAUUACUUAUAACAUUUUGGGUUUAAAAUUUUAAACUAGCUUCCUAAAUUAUAAAAA